UUGACGGUGGAGUGGUCGAGGCCCGAUCGUCGUCCUGACCCCAACGACCGUCUGAGCCGAGUGGAAUAUGUUCAUCUUUACAGAGACGCCCACGAGGUCCCCGACAUGAAGAUCCCAUCGUACAUCGGGAGGACGGCGUUGUUCACAGACGGCCUGAGAGAAGGAAACAUCUCACUAAGAAUCAUUAAUGUGACACAAGAAGAUGAAGGAAGAUACAGAUGUUUCAUCCCAAAGUUAAAGAGUCGAACAAAGUCUUCAAUUGUUCAUCUGAUUGUUGCUGAAACUAUGACAACAGAGACACCACUGCAUCCUGAAACUCUCCAAACUCCUGAGCCGAUGGACGAGUUUCACAGUAAAGGUGGUUUGUCCCGUCGGAGCCGACUGAUCCCACUUGUCGUUUUCUGUGUUUUUAUUCUGCUCUGUGUCGCAGUCGCAGGACACCGGUUCAUUGAGUUGAAGCAUUGAAAAACAGAACUUGCGAGUGCAGCUUUGUAGGUGGACACAUUGGAAACAUUAACAGAGGUGCAAGCAUCACCCACUUUACUUGAACGUUAAUUAAAAGCAUUGAUUUUUCCAGCCUCAUUUGGACACAGCAGCUCUGCAGCAGGAGGAUUUCACUAUGUCCUGUAAUUUGCUUGGAGUCAACAACAACCAUCCUUUUUGCCAAAGUUGACUUCUGGGAUCAAACUUCAAAAGCGUGAGGACCUACAAUUUUGAUGCCUUGCUCAUGGGCACAUUGGAAACAUUAAGAGAGGAGAAAGUGCCAACUUCUUACUUACUUUGAGCUGUUCCUUAUUUGUUUGAGGAGCCGAAGAACUUUUCCAGCCACCUGUGGGCACUGUGGGCCUGCAGCAGGUGAAUUUCAUGACGUCCUGCAGUUUGUUUGGACCUGAAUUCUACCUUUAAUCCCUGUGAUGGUGCCUGAGAUUGUAUGACUGGUCUGGUGACUUCCAAAGGGUUUAACCACAGAAAUAACAUCCAU